AUGGCAGCCGACCACCCCAUCGACCACCCGCUCGCGGCGCUCCCGCCGGGCCACUUCCUCGCCCUCCCGCCGACCUUCUCCAACGACCCCAACACCUCGCUCAGCACUACCUCGCACGCGGCGCCAGGGCUCGCGCCCAACGUCGCCUCGCUCGCCGCAGCAGACUUUGACGUCGACGUCCGCACGGGCUUCUUGCCCGGCAGCGCAAACGUCGCGCGCCUCCCUGCGCCCUACGACGUGUGGGAGGACGCGCUCGACGCCGCGGCCGGCACUCGCGUCGGAGAUGGCCUCCGCCUCAACGGAGGGCGUGGGGACAAGGAAAUGUCUUGGCGCGCAGCGGUGGCAUCUCUGCCGACGCUUGAUAUUGCCGGGCUCAACGACCUCCCGCUCCUCCGCCGCGCGCACAUUGUGCUCGCGUUCCUCACCCACUUUUAUGUGCACUGCGCACCGGCGGCAACGCCCACGUCGCCGCACACGGUGCCGGCGUCGAUCAGCGUGCCGCUGCUGGCGACCUCGCGCCUCGUCGGCCUGCCCCCGAUCCUGACGUACGCCGACACGGUGCUGUGGAAUGUCCUCCCCGAGGAUCCGGACCGCCCGACCAACCUGGCCAACAACCCGCCGGAGCGCACGCUUGCGACGUUCACAAACACUCGCUCCGAGGCCAUGUUCUACCUCGUCAGCGCAGAGUGCGAGGCCGCCGGCGCCGCCGCCCUUGCGCUCAUGCGUCAGUGUCUCGACGAAUUGUUCCUCGCCGACGAGCUCGCCCUGCGCCGUCUGACAGUGUACCUCCGCCAGCUGGCCGUUCUCAUCGACCGCGUGGGUGACAUCACGCUGAGGAUGAACACCGAGGUCGACCCCGAGGAGUUCUACCACCUCAUCCGACCAUGGUUCCGCGGCGGCGACGCCGACGGACCUGGUUCGCCCGGCUGGCUCUUCCUCGGUACGGAACACGAGGCCCACGAGGCCGAGAACACAUUUGCGCCGGCAAGCGCUGGGCGCAAGUUCUCUGGACCGUCUGCUGGCCAGUCGUCCCUCGUCCACGCCUUUGACAUCUUCCUCACCGUCGACCACUCGGAGCGGGACGAAGAGGCAGAGCCUGCGCCGUCGGACGACCCAGACGCGCCCCCGAUCCGGCUGAACGCGGUGCCCGUGCUGCCAGAGCACGUCGCCGAGGCCGAGGCUGAGGCCAAGGCCGCCCCGCCCAACCCGCACGCACGACCGGGAACCACGGCACCCGGCGGAGCCGUCGAGGCGACCUUCCUCCAGCGCAUGCUGCAGUACAUGCCGCUGCCGCACCGCACCUUCCUGCUGCACCUGUCGUCGCACCCGACGCCGCUGCGCCCGCUCGUCCUCGCACGCAAGGACACGCACCCGGCGCUCGCGAACGCGUACGACGGCGCGCUGGCCGCCCUCCGCAGGUUUAGGGACAAGCACAUGCGUGUCGUGUCGCGCUUCAUCAUCCAGCAGGCGCGGCGGCAGCCCUCGGCGCGUGUGCGUGCCCUCCUCGGGCAGGAGGACGAGCCGGAGGAGGAGAUCGAGGUGCACGUCGACGGGCUGCGCGGUACAGGCGGCACGCCGCUCAUCCGCUUCCUGAAGCGGUGCCGGGAUAACACGUCGCGCGCCAUGGUGACGAGCAGCUAG